ACAAACUUGACACCACAAGGCACAAGCUGACAUAUUGUUAUACGAAAUCUUUUGCUACAGUGCUUGCGGAUAUUAAUUUUCCUUUUGAAUGCACGAUCAUUUUAUCUGAAACUGUAAAAUUUGUUCCAAAGGAAGACUUGUUGCAUAGACCAAGACCAUGUAUGGCCCGUUGUUCUUCUUUGUUAUUUAUCUGACCUUCCACUGCGCGCGGUCUGGAAUUAUCGAUCGCUUUCAAGAUUCACAAGAUGCUGCUACACUCCCCUUAAUCGAAGGAUACUUUCGUAUCGAAGUACACAUCAAGCGAUUAGAAAACAAUCGAGGAAUAUCCCAUACCGGUUUACCCUGUGACAUAACGGACACCUGCGAUACACAAUUUACCGGCAUUAUUGAUACAGAGAAACCCAAUCAUGACUUCGGCGGAGACUCCGCUCCGUACAGGAACUGGGAGGCUCUGUUCCAGGGCUCCAAUGUAAACUCCCCAGAUAUCAAUAAAGUAUUGGUUAAGGAUAAUUGUGGUAAAGGCAUCAGGAAAGCCCAUGUCCGAUUGCGGGCUAUCGAUAAAGACACCGUUAACGACGAUAAAAUUGACAACUUCAGUUACUACAUAACCGGAAACGGACCUAAUGGAAUGCCGGCCGAAACCAAGCAGUCAGCUCGAUGGUCUGAAGAACUGUGGGCCAAAGGCCUAGAUAAACCCGAAAUCAAGGUGUCGCUGCGAUAUCGAUGGUACAAAGUUUCACAGGCAGACUGUCAUCCAGUCAAAACUAGCGGAAUUCCCUUUAUAGAUGGAAUGUUUUCUUAAGUACUCCGAUACAGUAAAUAUCAUGCAAUGGAAACCUCGUAAAACGUCGCUUUUCGAUUUUUUAGCCCUAGAAUAACAGCGAUUAUUAAACCGCUUCUGGACAUACUGUACAAUUGUCCUUAAAUUCAUCGGUUAUGCGAUUUUCUACUGACUGAAUCAAACCGUGCUAAAAUACGGUGAAUAGGAUUUUGGUUAGCCGGGGACUUUGACUUGUUAAUAAAA